AAACCUGAUCUCUUCUACAAUAAAGGAACUAGGCAGAAUAGAUUACCUAGUGAAUAAUGGGGGUGGACAGUUCCCUGCCCCAGUGUCCAACAUGAGCCUCAAAGGAUGGAAUGCUGUCAUUGAAACUAAUCUAACAGGAACAUUUCUCAUGUGUAGGGAAACAUACGAGCAGUGGAUGAGUGACCAUGGUGGUGUGGUAGUAAACAUCAUUGCAGACAUGUUCCGAGGUUUUCCAAUGAUGGCACACACUGGAGCUGCUCGUUCUGCUGUUGAUAACUUAACCAAGAGCUUAGCUGUUGAGUGGGCACAGAGUGGAGUGCGUAUAAAUUCUGUAGCUCCAGGGAGCUCCAUCUACUCACCCACAGCAGCAAGGAAUUACAGUGAAGAUAAUAUUUUUGAAAGGGCCCGUGCUGGCAUUCCUACAAAGCGUCUUGGCACAACACAAGAAAUUGCAAGUGCUGUGUGCUUCCUGCUGUCUCCAGGUGCUGCUUUUAUAUCAGGUGAAACCUUGAAGGUGGAUGGAGGGGGCAGCCUUUACUCACCCCUCAUGUGGCAGAUUUCAGAGCACAAGAAUUUACCAGCUUAUCAGUGGACUUACAAACCUCCUGAGGAAGAACAAGAAAAUGAUUCUGUUACCAAAGCCAAGCUUUAGAAAUGGUUUUGAAGCAGCAGCUAUGCACAUGUUCCUCUGGUAAACCAUGUACAGAUCUCCAAGGUCUUCUUUUGGAAGUAUUAUACA